UGAGAAACCAUCCAAUGGGAAGAAAGGGGCCGAGCGCAUCACGAGCUUCCUGGGACUGCAGCCCCCGGCGCAGUUCCUCAUUCCCCUCGCACUCAGGCCUCAGGGUGGGUGAAGCUCAGCACUGGGGUGUUGGUGGCAGCGCUGAGGGUCCUGCACUGCCCCAUUAUGCUGUCUGCUCUGACCGUCCUUCUCCUCGGCUGCUGGCUGGCCGGGCACAGCGCGGUGUGGGGAGAGCCCAGCUACCCCAAACCCAACAUCUCCCUGCUGAGCCCCAGCUGGGGGGUCUCCCUGGGGGGAGCCGUGACCAUCCUUUGUUGCGGCCAGCACGAGGGCCUGCAGUUCGUGCUGAAUAAAGAGGGACGCCGUGUCCAAAUUGUGAAUUCAGACUAUCUCGCUCUGUUUCACAUCAACAACGUGAGCCGGGAGGAUGGCGGGAACUACAGCUGCUCCUAUCACAACCAAUCGGAGCCGUCUGCCGUGUCGGACUCCAGUGACCCCAUGGAGCUGGCGGUGAGAGAUCCCAGCUUACCCAGACCCAACAUCUCUCUAAACUUCACCGCCCCAGGGGCAGACGUCACCAUCCGGUGUCAGGUGCAGCGCCGGGACGUGAGGUUCUUCCUGCACAAGGCUGGACACCUGAAGCCGCAGCAACGCAUGGACUCUGCUGGGGCCUGGGCCGAGUUCUGCAUCCCCACCGUGGGCCGGCAGCACGGAGGGAGCUACAGCUGCAGCUACCGGCCCUGGUCAGAGCCCUUCAUCUCCUCAGAGCCCAGCGACCCCGUGGAGAUCAUUGCAGCAGACGAAUCGUCACCACCAGGUCUGACCGUCAUCACUGGAGUGAGCGUGGCAGCUGCCAUCCUCCUCCUCCUCCUCGUGGCCUUCGUCUGCUUCAGAAAAACCCGAGCCAGAAGAGGAGCCGCAUCGAGACCAAACAGCACAAGCCCUAUGGGGGCAUUAAAGGUGCCAGCUCAGGAAGAGCACAUCUACACCAACAUCGAUGAAUGGAAAGAGACGCAGACCCUGUGAUGAGCAGAGAAAGAGUCCCCUCAGCUUCACCAUCAUGGCCCCGGCAUGAGAUGCUCCCCACCCCUGGCCCCUGCAGCCUCCGGACCUACAGAUCAGCCUGCAGAGACACCACUGACCCACAUCCGCCUGCUCCUGGGUGCUCAGACAUCGGCUGGCUCCCUGUUGCCUCAGUUUCCCUUAACUCCUGCUUAAAGAGCCCCCCUAAGUCUGCUAGUCCCCACAAGUGACACUCUGUACCUCGGGGGGAACACCCUCCACCCCCAUGUUCAUCCUUAUAAUAUGAUAGUUAAUAAAUCAGUUUGUUUAUUCUA